GGUGGGAUUAGGACAUAUCCUUCACCUAUUAGAAGGUAGGAACGUCAUGUAGAUGCAAUUGUUGGUUUUAUUACUCGCUUACACAUGUAUAUGACAGAGGAUGGCUAACCGUGACUGGAUGUACACGGGCUUUGCAAGUAAGAGUGAUGAAUGGAUUAGGGGGGUGGAACAUUUCGUGAAUGAAGCAUUUGACCCGGCUGUUGCUAAAGGGUCAAAACGGAUGCUGUGUCCCUGUAGUGACUGUAAGAACUCAAAAAGAAAACUGCCCUGUUGCUAAAGGGUCAAAACGGAUACACACGGACUUGCUCAUGAGGACGGGAGGAGGGAAGCAGCACGGCCGGUACAUGAUUGCCCACAGCGCAAUCAACCCGGCCACCGUACCCACGCUCCGCGAGGUUCGGCAGGGGAGCAGCUCGACCUCCGACGUCCCCAUACGGCCUCGUCAGCCGAGCUCCGUGCAGCAGAUAGCUACGAUGCAGUCGCAGCUAGAGGAGUUGCGGGCCAGGCAGGACGAGCUGCAGGAGGCUCAUCGGCGAGAGCUGGCGGCCGCGCUGGCGGCCAGAGACGAGGCCCAUCGGCGCCACAUGGAGGCACAGCAGCAGCACACGCAGCGUCAGAUCUCGGACCUAGUCGGAUACUUCCAGUCCAUCCAGAGCUCUACAGCGCCUCCGCUGCCUGCCUCACUCUUCGCUCCACCCCCUGUUCCACCCCCUGUUCCUGCCCCUGCAGGCAGUCCGCAUCAGUCGUGGGGUUCGAACCCGACCCCUUCUCCAGGGAGUGGGUGGCAGGUUACUACUUAUGGCCACCCAAGUACGCAGCACACGUGGCCUGGUGCCCAUCCGCAGCACGGCCACCCCGGGUUGUCCGGCAGCCCUCCUCCGCGCCCCGGGUACUCGUACCCGUACCCGUCGGUGCCAGGGCAGGCCAUGUGGGCGCCGUGGGCAGGUGCGAGCUCUCCACACCCUGGGGGGCACUCACCCUGGUCGGCUUGGCCAGAUGGAGGCUCGGGACACGACGGAGGCCACGACGACGACGGGUCAGAGUCACAGCACUAGGGGUGAGGCGCUAGCGACUUCGAGGAGUGAUAUUCAUGUGGACUUGUGGUUUAUAUUAUGAACUUGUGGUGACUUAUGGUUUAUGUUGGACGUAAUGUUAGAUUUGUCAUAUCUAUGUGGAUUUGUGAUAUCUGUGGACUUCGAUAUGUUUCAUGUGUGAUAUAUAUGUGGAUUGUGAUAUA